CUACUUGAAAUAAGAAGGGGAGGUCGCGUAAGUCUAUAUGGAGGUGGGAGCUCUAUACGCGAUAGUUGUGGUAUAGUGUGAGGAGAGAGACACACUAUAUCACAACAAUUAAUUUCAAUUGCAGCAAAUUUACUUUCUUCAAGCUAUCAAAUGAACAUAAGUUGGGAUAAUUGCACCAAAUUUACUUUCUUCAAGCUAUAAGUGCGCAUAAGUUGCGCCAAUACGCUCAAACAUAAGCCGGCAAGGCUGGAAUAUCUAUAUCUGCGACUGACAAGCACUGUCAUAAAACGAUAAAGGAUAUGUAACAUCUAUUUUAGUUUUCAAUAGCGAUACUCUACUGCUACCUUGUCCCAACAUGCUGGGCUUUUGCUUCAGAAGUUUCUCCAAUGAUCUGGAUGGCUCGAUGAUCUAUCCGCUGGAAACGAGUUGUUCUCUCCUAUGCGCCAUAUUUUGGACCGGAUGGCGUGUAACCGCGUAACUCCAGCCCACUCUGCUAUGCGGACCUGGUCAGGUCGAACCCGAACCCAGCAGAUCGGUCGGACCGGGGAUAUCCGCAGCACCGCACCAGAGCCAAGGCGGAGGUAGGGUUUUAGCCGGCGGCCAUGGCGCUCUCCUCCUCGCUGCUCCACCGCCUCCUCCGCGGCUCUACCCCCGUCUCUUCCUCCUCCGCCGCCGCCUCCUCAAUACUCCGCGCCACCUUCUGCUCCUCCUCCUCGUCCGCCCCCUUGCCCACCGAGUCGCCCCUUUCCUCCGUCUUCGGCGACGGCGCCGAGGUCAGCAACGUGCCGCCGCUGACCGCCCCCAAGCUCUUCAUCAGCGGCCUUUCAAGGUUAACGACGGAUGAGAAGCUUAAAAAUGCCUUUGCUCCCUUUGGGCAGCUACUUGAAGUUGUGGUUUUGUUCCCCUUGACGAUGUUAGAGGCAAUGAGGCUAAUGGCUGAUUAUGUUUUCCUGAUUAACCUUCAUACUAUUGCUCCAGCGUGUGGUUUAUCUUAUGGACCUAUAUACUUUCAGUAAAGUAAUGAAUCUGUAUUACUCUUUCUGGUUUAAUACUUGAAGAGUAAUUUUGGAUCAGUAAAUAUGUUGAUAUGCACUGUUUUAGAAUUCAGGAAUGUGGUUUGUACACUCAUAUUGUGGAGAACUUUCUACAUAGAAAAGGGAUUACAUGAGCAAUUAUGCCAUUUUAUUCUUCUGAUUCCA